AGAGAGACAGACUAUCAAACCAGCUUUUCAGAAACAUGACAGACGAAACGAUGCCAAUGAAUGGGAGCUCCACAAACCAGACUUGUGAUGUUUUCAUCUACAAGGAGUCUGCUCGGAUCUUCUUUCCCAUUUUCUAUUGUCUGAUUUUUGUCAUCAGCGUGGCAGGUAACAGCCUGGUCCUCUGCAUCACCUGUCAGAAAAAGCAGAAGAUGAACUCCACCACGAUAUAUAUCAUCAACCUGGCCAUCUCUGACACCCUCUUCACCUUGGCUCUUCCUGGCAGGAUCACCUACUACAUCCGAGGCUUCGACUGGCCUUUUGGAGAUUUCUUGUGCCGGCUGACUGCCAUGAUCUUCUACUGCAAUACCUACGCUAGCAUCGGCUUCAUGACCUGCAUCAGUGUAGAUCGCUACUUGGCCAUGCUGCACCGUCAGAGGUGUCAAAGACUGAGGAAAACCAAAGUCGUGCGAGGUAUCUGCAUUCUGAUAUGGGUGGUGGUGCUUCUUGAGACAUCCCCUCUGCUCAUGAAGAACACCAUGGAAUACAGAUCCAGUCAUCGAACAUGCAUGGAGUUCUCUAAUUUUGAUAGCCAUUGGAUGGCAUUCGUUCUCCUGUUCGCUUGCAUCAUUGGGUUUUGCUUUCCACUGGGACUCAUCCUGUGCUGCUACAGUCAGGUCAGCUGCAAGCUCUCCAAGACGGCCAAGGAAAACCCGGUGACCAACAGGUCUGGAAGCAACAGCAGGGCCAAAAAUAUGAUCCUGCUCAUUCUGCUGAGCUUCGUGGUGUGUUUCAGUCCCUACCACAUCAACAUCAUGCAGUUUGUAGUGAAAAGGUUGUACAAUGUGCCCACUUGUGAGGACUUAAAGACUUUGAAAUUGUCACUGCAGGUGACCGUUGCCAUGAUGAACUUUAACAGCUGCCUUGACCCUAUUAUUUACUUUUUUGCCAUCAAAACCUACAAGCAGAGAGUCAUGAGUCUUUUUAAGAGCUACAUUUCCAUUUCAGCAUCCUCCAGGAGCAUGCAGGAGAACAGCAGUAGUAAUACAUGAGGGAAAAUUUUAUGUAAAGUAAAAUUUGAUGGUGCAAACUGCAGAGGAAAUGUCUGUGCACGUGUGAAAAUGCGGUUGGAUAUCUGUAGAGUGAAGAGUUUCAUACCUUAUAUUUCUGAGCAAAUGGCAUUCAAUUUCUUAUCAUUGAUGGUGAUUAAGUCUGUUUUUUGGGAGGGAUUUUUGACCACAUUUUGUGUGUAUUUAAGAUAUCUGACUUAUCACUGAUAUUAUGUUGCUUUUUUGUGGUCAUUAUGAAUUUAAAUAUGAAUCUAACAUGAAUUUGUCACAUUUAUAACUGAUGUUCAUUUGAUAUUGUCAUAUAUUUCUGAUUGUGAUUAAUAUGCUAUUGGAUUUUAAAUUUUUUUACUUGGUCAUGUAGGCCUGCCAUUGACGUCAAAUGAAAUUCGGAGACUUAAAGUGAAAAUGGAAAAUUCUGUCAUCAUUUACUUACCCUCAUGUUGUUCCAAACCCGUAAGAAAUUUGUUCAUCUUCAGAACACAAAUGAAGAUAUUUUAAACAAAUUUGAGAGAUUUUUGAGAGACAUUUUGAGAGAUCUCUCAAAAAAAGAAAGAAAAAUCCAUAUGAAUCAAGCGAUUUAAUCCAAGUCUUUUGAAGAUACAUGAUUGGUUUAUUUGAUGAACAGCUUUAAUUUCAGCUUUUCCCAAAUAAACAUUAAUAUCUUCAUUUGUCUUCCGAAAAUAAACAGAAGUCUUAUGGGCUUGGAAUGACAUGAGGCAGAAUGAUGACAGAACUUUAAUUUUAGAGUGAACUAACCCUUUAAGAAUAAUCAAUUAAUUGUAAAAUUCCCACAUAAAGGUCAAAGAGGCUAGAAGACCAUUCUGAGUAAGAAUGAGUUAUGUAGGUGUAUGUUAAUACCUGACAUUUCCAUAAGCUGCUCUGUAAAUACUGUGUUUUGCUUUAAAGAUGCUCACAAAGUGCAUGUAAGAUUUCAAGCAACCCCUAUAACGGCAUUUUCCAUUUGGGAAUUUAAAGUUUAUGUAGCUGUCAGUUUUGCUAAACAACUUUCUCUGAAUAACAAUUAAAGAGUUAAUUUACAA